AUGAAAUGCAACGAAUAUGCUUCAAUUCUAUCGGAUCAGAAUUUUCUAAACGCAAUGAAUCUAAACGAGUCAUCUAUAGAUUGGAACUCCAUUACAAGCUUACCUGAUUCAGCCACUAGUAAUCAUACCCUUCCAUCUUCCUUGAACGAUAAAGGAGAUCAUCAUGAAGAUCUCGAUUUCAGUGACUUAGUUCUCAAGUACAUAAACCAGAUGCUUAUGGAAGAAGAUAUAGAAGAGAAGAACUGCACGCUUCAAAAAACCGCUGCUCUUCACGCCACAGAGAAAUCUUUCUAUGAUGCUCUUAUGAAAAAAGAAGUUCCGUAUGAUAAAUAUGCUACAUCAGAAUCCAUCACUUACAUUAAUGGUAGAGAUCUUAGCUGUGAUGUUACUGAUUCUCCUCUUUUACCUAAUCCUCUGAUCGAUUUUGAUUCACAGUCUAGAUUCCAUCCCUCGUUAAGCAGUACUAGUAAUGUCGUGGACUCACCUGUGAGUAUUCUAAGUUUUCCUGAUAUAGUCAAGGUAGAGAUCAAACAUGAAAUCAAUUCCAUUCGAGAUGAAUCAAGAGGAAAGAAGAAUCAUCAUUCCAAAGAUCAUUCAGAUGAUGAAAGAACUUCCAAACAAUCUGCAGUUUAUGCUGAACCAACUGUUAGAUCAAAGAUGUUUGAUGAAAUCCUACUAUAUGGUGGUGGAAACAAAACUCAUCCUUUCAAAAGUCAACCAAAGGAACCAAAACCGGUCAAAUCCCGUGGUAAGAAACAAGGUAGUAAAAAAGAAGUAGUAGAUUUAAGAACACUUUUAACCCUCUGUGCACAAUCCGUUUCCACAAAUGACCAAAUUGGUGUAACCGAUUUACUAAAGAAAAUAAAACAACACGCUUCACCAACAGGAGACGGAAUGCAAAGAUUAGCCCAUUACUUUUCCAUCGGUCUCGAAGCAAGAAUGGCUGGCUCCGGAACCGGAAUCUACAAUUCCCUCAUCUCCAAACCCACAUCAGCAAUCGACAUCUUAAAAGCUUACCAUUUAUUCCUCGGAAUCCUCCCCUUCACUAAACUCUCACAUUUCGUUUCCAACAAAACCAUCAUCCAAACAUCCCAAAACAAAACAAAACUCCAUAUUAUAGAUUUCGGAAUCUUUUACGGAUUCCAAUGGCCUUCUGUAAUCCAAAGUCUCUCGUCUAGACCGGGUGGCCCACCGGAAUUGCGCAUCACCGGAAUCGACUUCCCCUGUCCCGGAUUCCGACCUUCACAACGGGUCGAAGAAACCGGGUCCCGGUUAUCCAAUUACGCGGAAACGUUCGGUGUAAAGUUCAAAUUCAAAGCCAUAGCUCAAAAAUGGGAAACAAUUACACUCCAAGAUCUUGAACUUGAUAGUGAAGAAACCCUAAUUGUGAAUUGUCCUUACAGGUUAAGAAACUUACUUGAUGAGACAGUAAUGGCGGAUAAUGAUAGCCCGAGGAAUAAGGUUUUGAAACUAAUUAAAGAAACGAAUCCAGAAAUCUUUAUACAAGGGAUUGUGAAUGGAUCAUAUAACGCGCCUUUUUUUGUGACAAGAUUUAGAGAGGCUUUGUUUUUCUUUUCAUCUUUGUUUGAUUUGCUUGAGGCGAAUGUGGGGCGUGAGGUUGAAGAAAGGAUGUUGAUUGAGAGGACGAUUUGGGGACGUGAAGCCAUGAAUGUGAUUGCGUGUGAAGGUGGUGAAAGGAUUGAGAGACCUGAGACUUAUAAACAAUGGCAGGUGAGGAAUCAACGGAUGGGGUUUCGCCAGGUGGCGUUUGAUCGGAAGAUUUUGGAGGUGGCUAAAGAGAAGACGAGGUUGUUAGGGUAUCAUAAAGAUUUUGUGAUUGAUGAAGAUGGUGGUUGGAUGUUGCAGGGGUGGAAAGGAAGGAUUUUGUAUGCGAUUUCUUGUUGGAAACCAUGUUGA